AUGAUCAAUUUUGGUGAAGAUGAUAAUCCAUUUGCAGAAUUUUAUGUAACGGUCGAACAAGAUCAAAAUCUCGGUAUUGACGUCUUAUACGGUGGUGGAAGAAAAAACCAAAAUCAAUCAAUUAUCCGAAAUUUAUUAUUAUCAUUAGAAGACUGUUAUCAUGAAGCAAUUAAAAAGAUUAAAAUUAACCGAAGGGUAAUGAAUGACGGUGGUUUAACAUCGAGUAUAGUGAGAAGAGUUUGUCUAUUACCGGGUUCUAAAAUAAUAUUUGAACAAAAAGGUGAUCAAGGUCCAAAUGCAAUGCCGUCUGAUCUUGUUUUUGUUGUCAAAGAUAAACCGUAUCAAUAUUUUUAUAGAGACAAUUCUAACAUACAGCUAAAAUUAGUCUUGGACAUGCAUUAA